AUUGCUUCUCCCUCUCUCCCUCUCUCUCUCUCUCUCCUCUCCCCCGUUCAAAGUCGUCGUCUUGCUCUCGAGCUGGUUGAUUCGAUUCUUAUCAAUCCACCAUCCUCCGUAGCUGCAGGUCCGAUCGUGGCGGUUAUGCCAUCGGCAGCGCUGGCUGCCACGCCGGACUCUCCGUCGCCGUCGCCGUCGCCGCACCACUACCGCGGCCGGUUGCGCUCGCCGCUGGCAAACGGCGGCACCAAGGGGAACUUCGAGCUCCGGCACUGGCGCACGCCGCUCAAGCGGGCUCCGUCGUGCCCCCCGCCGGGGAUCGAGAUACCCAGCAACGACGACGAUGGCAGCGGGAACGGGUACACCAGCCUCCGGGACAUCCUAGCGUCGCCUCGGUACGCGGGGGCGGGGGGCUCGCCGGCGGCCUGCGUCAUCGGUGGCGCCGGCAGCUGUGGAGACAUACACAUGAUACGCCACCCGCUGGUAAAACACGCGGCGUACGCGUACCUGCAGAUGACGCCGUCGGCGAGGGAGGACCCAACCCGCCGGAACCGGCGCUGGCGCGGCCCGCUCUGCCGCCUCCUGUUCGGCUGCCUCAGCUUCAUCGGCGCACUCUUCCGGCCGUGACUUCUCCGGACGGCGCGCACCUCCAUGCGGUUCUUGCUGCACCUCCGUGAAUUCUCUUCGAUUUCUCUUUUCUUCUUUUCUUUUGUGCGAUUAGAUUCUUUUGUAGAGUUUUCCGGUUUAUGUUUGGGUUGUAAUUUGUGUGAAUAAUUUGGUAGGAUUAGACACAAAGAGGAAUGAUGGCAACAAGAGAAAUGAUGAAUGUCAUACUACUAACAAAGCUGAUUAGUCGUCAUGAA